CCGACGGACCGCUAAACGCCUCGCACAGUUUCAGGGCGCCUGAGAGGAGAAGAGGCAGACAAGUAAAAGACAGAAUGGCAGAAGACAAAAACGAGACCAGCCCGGGUGCCGAGGGCGAGAAACCACCGCAGGAAACGACGGCGGCGUCGCCGCCGGCCGCUAAGCCGGACAAAGACGAGCCGACGAAGGAGUGCAAAGAGGACGAGAAGAAGAUCGAGGAGAAUGGCGAAGGUGAAAAGCCAAAGGAGAACGGCGAGGAGAAACCCACGCCGGAGCCGAAAGACAUGCGAGCGAUCGUGCUCAACGGUUUCGGCGGGCUGAAGAGUGUCAAAGCCUUGAGGAAGCCGGAGCCCGUCCUCGGCGAGGGAGAGGUUCUCAUACGAGUCAAAGCCUGUGGAUUAAACUUCCAAGAUCUGAUGGCCCGGCAAGGCGCGAUUGACUCACCCCCGAAAACUCCGUUCAUUAUGGGUUCGGAAUGCGCAGGCGACAUCGAGCAAGUCGGGGAAGGAGUAGAGAAUUUCAAAGUGGGCGACAGAGUGGUUGCCCUACCCGAUCACAAGGCAUGGGCGGAGCAGGUCGCCGUGCCGGCAACCUCCGUUUUCGCAUUGCCAAACGGUAUGAGCUACCUUGAUGCAGCCGCCAUCACCAUGAAUUACACAGUGGCUUAUAUUUUACUGUUCGAGCUGGCUCACCUUACGCCUGGCAAGAAUCUGCUGCUUCACAGCGCCGGUGGCGGUGUGGGCCAAGCUGUAGUUCAGCUCGCGAAAACCGUGAAGGAUGUGACCAUCUUCGGCGUUUGCAGUAAGUCUAAACAUGAAUCUCUCAAGGCCACUGGAAGCAUUGACCAUCUCCUGGAACGCGGUACAGAUUACACCAACGAAGUCAGAAAAAUUUCCCCGGAAGGCGUAGAUAUCGUCUUGGAUUGUCUCUGUGGUGAGGAGUGCAACAAAGGCUACGCCCUUUUGAAGCCGAUGGGCAAAUACAUUCUUUAUGGAUCCAGCAAUGUCGUCACUGGGGAAACCAAGAGUUUCUUCUCCGCAGCGCGAUCAUGGUGGCAAGUUGAUAAAGUGUCACCCAUAAAACUGUUCGACGAGAACAAGACGUUGUCCGGACUGAACCUGCGCCAUUUGAUGUACCAACACGGCAGCCACGCCUUUGUUCGACGAGCAGUGAAUCAAGUGUAUACACUAUGGAGCGAAGGCAAGAUCAAGCCGGUGGUGGAUUCGACGUGGGCACUGGAGGACGUGCCCGAGGCCAUGCAGAAGAUGCACGAUCGUAAGAACAUCGGCAAAAUCGUAUUGGACCCGAAUCUGGAACCGAAGCCUAAACCAGCCACGCCGGCCAAAGGCAAAGCGAAGGAUAAGAAGUCCGCCAAUCAGGAGGAGAAGAAGGCGUCCAGCGUGGAGUCGGAAGAGGGAGAGAAAAAGAAGGAGCCCGAAUUGACAAACGGUACCUCAGAAGACAAAUCUGAUAGCGAUUCGAAAGAAAAGGAAUCUAGCUGAAUUAGCGGUAAUAACUAAAUCCUAUAAAACAAAACAAACACUGAAAAACAUCCACAAGAACGUUAUCAGGAAUUCCCAGGAAAGUACCGUCACUCGAGAGAAAUCCAUCGCCAUUAUCUAAGAGAACGAAAAAAAAAACAAAACAAAAAAACAUGAAACAUUCGAACUGCGGUUCAACACUUCACCAGCGGUUUGUCGCGCAAGAUAUAUAUUUACAUGCAGAUGAUUCAUAAUGGAAAAACCGUAAUUCAUAUCGUACGACCUACCAGAUAACAAGGGGAAGAGGGUGAUCCAUCUCCGAUAGAUCACCCGCGAGACACGAAUAGAAUGUUAAUGAAAUUGUGGAAAUAUUUACCGGAAUAAUCGGUCGCUUGCGCGUUAUUUUUCGUUCCAAACAGAUGUGUCUCUCUCUCUUUCUCUUCGCCGUUUGUCAUCUGCAUGUGUUCGUUCUCCUGAUGCUUGCGCCGGGAUCAAGAGUCGAGACGCGACUCAUGGGCGAGGGAGAAAACCAGCAGCGUAUAUCGAGUAUGUAAGGACGAGAAAAGCAACCAAAUAGAAGUAAUAAUCUUGACGCGGUCCACAGUAGUUUACAGAAUAUAAGAACGUUAUGUUUAUUUUUCCACACCAACCAACCAAAUGGUUAAUUUUGCUGAGGAGUCGAGUAAACAAUUGUUGGAUACUAGAUGGUCGUUAGACAGCUUGGUUCUCUUUUUCCAUCAGCAUCGUCGUCGUCGUCGUCGUCUUUAGGAAAUGGAUGAAUUAAUAACCUUUCCGUACUUAUUCGAGUCCAUCGAGCCCAUGGGAAUGUAAUGGGAACAGCGAACGGUUUAAUAAUAGCUACGUGUUGUCCAACAGCUGAUUACUUGGUUCUGUUUAUUUGUAUCGAAAAUGCUAUAUCGCUGCUACUACGAUAUAUAUACUCUGACGCACUCUCUUACGAUAAAUAAUAAUAAUAAUAUUAUCUCUAUUUGUAAUUUAAUGGGAUAAAGUAUAAACGCGUGCGCUCCAGUAUAUAUCGCGCUUCAUCAAGCCGAUAUCCCGAGCGGAGAAACAGUUGAAGUACAGUGGAGCUGUAUUUACUUUCGUAUAUAAAUUUUAUGUAUUAAAAAUGUUUCGACGCCACUUUAUUGUUCGCCGCGACGCUUUUUCGUCGCGAUGAAAUAUCCUCUUUAAAUUUUAACGAUAAUACGAGAAGAGUAAUAUUUAGCACUAUACGUAUACACACACAGGGCAUUUCGCUGGAAUUUGGAUGCUCUUUUCAUACUAUUUUAAUACCUCCGUAGUUCUCUCUCUUGCAUACAAUUUAUUCAUAGUUCCUCAGUAGUUUUUCUACCCACAGAGAAAUUGAAAUAUCGGAAUAUAUAACUGCCCAAAAGACUCAAUUAAGUCGCAGUUUCUUUCGGGGUUCUUUUUCUUAAAAAAAAAAAAAGAAAUCGAUCCUUGUAAUGAUGUAUCACGCGCGCAUUUUUGUAUAAUGUAACGUAUUGACGAUAUGCUCUAAAGAUAUUUUGAUCAAACUUUUGAGAGUCGACGCAAUGUUAAAGAUAUAAGAUUUAAGUUAGACGCAUUCGUUAAUGUUUAUCGCUAAAGUUUUGAAUAACUAGUAGAUUUUAUUUUAACUACCGAUAUGCCACAUGGAAUUAAUUGAAAUCUAAUUAGACUGAUUAAUUAGAUUGGUUUGAGAGUAUAACGAGCCUAAAGAAAUAUGAAAACAGUUGCCUGAUUUUUCAAACAAUUCAUACGAUUGAACGAUUGUUUUUGUAGAGCCUCGAGUAAUUUUUAAAUUAAAUUUUCUAAAUUUCUAGAUUUGACAUCACAUCAACGUACGCACGCGAAGAGUAUAAUUUAAUGAAUCAGUUAUCCUAGAAGGCUAAUAAAGCAUAUCAUUAUUUUUAUUUCAUCGUUUUAUCGAGGAAGAACGAUAGCUGAUAAAAGAUAAAAUGCAAAACGCGAAACCUCACGUUGUAUCAUUACGCGCUCGCAUGAAUGCAGUUGUAAUUGUCUAGAAUGUAUAACGCGUGAUUCCGAUAAGUCGCUUUGAAACCGCACUGCGGUAUUUUUCCCCCCUCGACGUUUUCGAAUAUCGAGUAAUCUCUCUGGCGGCCGUAACAUAUCGUCGGCUAUUCGACGCGAGUAACAGCAGAGGACUGCAUCAUCGGAGUGAUUAUCAUAAUGGUACGUUGAUCUGUUGUGAGAGCGAGGUCUAUAAUAGUGUAAAAAUGAAAAAUGGAGGAUUCUUAGAAAGCCUUGACAGGCUCGUUCUUCGUAUCCUUGAUGAAGCGCUAUCGCGGCAAGGCCGACACGGAACAAAGUGUGUGCAUAUCUCUCCGGAACGUUGGAACAAUUUUGGUGUAGCCGAGUUUGUUAGGAUUUGAUAUUAAGCUCUGUAUACCCCCCGAUAUAUUAUACAAAUUACUAUGCGAGAGAGAAAAGACGUGGACGAGAGAGGGCGAGGAAUGGCACGUAUGUCAUUAUUAUACCCUGUGCAUGAAAAUUUCGAGUCUCAAGCGAGAGAGCGCCAAAUCCUACUGCCGUAAUCGAAUCUCUCGGUCCAAAAAAAGAGUGUUGUAUAAACGCACUAUUAUAAUCGUCGCGAAAGCGUAUUACUACAGUCUGAAAGAAAAAGCCAAAAAAAAAGAAGAUGAUGAAGAGAGAACGCGGUAAGGCGCGUGGAAUAGAGCGUGGUAAAUGUGGCUGCAUAUUUUGAGACAUCUUUUAAGACACAUUUAAAGUACAUUUAAUCCGUACACGAGGCGAACCACACGACACACACGACGGAGUCCACACACACGUACACGAGUAAUAAUAAUGGAUACACGGAUACACACAUACAUCAUACUGUAUAUUUUAUUGUAAGGCUUUAAAUGUUUCAUCAAAUAACUCUAUUAUAUUAUAAUGUAUCU